GGGGUUGCUAGAAAGAUCAUCUACUUGAAUCAUAUUUUGUAGACCAAUAUGUAAGGGUUAAUUGGUUUUUUUUUUUUUUUUAACUAUAAGAGAAUGAAAUCAACCAUCAACUGCCACCUCAUAUGGUCUUAAAAAUAAAGUCUAAAAACAUAAUUUCCCUAACAUUUUCCUUCCUUUCUUAACUCUCCCUUCUUCUACGUCAUGCAUUCCCUUCCGUCUUUUUUCUUUUUCCCCUCUUCUCAUCCAAUAUAACAUAUGGGAAUUUCAAUUAGUUUUGAUAGAAUUUGAAGCAUCUUAUUCAAAUGCUCCACAUUCAAGAUAUCAAAAAACCACCAGCAACAUGAUAAGCUUUGUGAAUAACCUCUAGAGAUUGUUAAUUAAAAUGCUCCAAAUCUGUGUAACAAAUUUCAGAAAAAGAAAAAAAAUAGGGCGGAACAUGCUGAUAAAGUUCUUUGCAAAUCUGUGUAACAAUUUUCAGAAAAAGAAAACAAAUUGGUGACAAAAUUAUGCAAAUUCAUUGGAGAAGAAGAGAGUGUGAGAUCAGCGGCGGAUCUAAAUUUUUAACAUCAAGUGAUCCUCUUAUAAAAGCUUAAAAAUAUUUAUAAAAAAAAAAAAAAAGAAAAAAAAAAAAGAGGGCUGUAAAAGCUACGGUACACAUUAAUGUGAUUCCACAACUGUGAUAGGGUUAAAAUAAAAAACAUAAAUAUUUCUUGUGUUAUAAGUCUUUUUGGUUUUCUCCAGCCGCCUGGAUAUGUCAAAUAGAGAAUCUGGUUUGGACUCGUUUUUGAGAAAAGCGAGUCCGGCUGCACGUCUCUGACCUUAAUAAAAUGAUUCUUUGUAUUCUUUUUCUACUAUUAAAUACUAUAAUAGUCAAUAAUGUGAGUAAAAUAUUCAUAUGCGUUGAAAGGCAUACAUGAUGCAUCCCCCUCAGGAUCCCGUUACGAAAUCUCUAGCUCUUCUAUUAUAUACAGACGAAGACCUCAGAAAAAGCAUUUCAUUAGAAAGCUCCAACCAUGGCUCUCAUCACCCCCGUAAUGUUCUGGCUUCUACUUCUCCUACUUAUCCCUCUACUUCUUCUACUUAAAAAGAAGCAAAAUGUCGAUAAAACCCCACAAAAUAAGCAAAAGCACCUUCCACCAAGCCCUCCCAGGCUCCCCCUCAUAGGCAAUUUACACCAACUCGGUUCACCACCCCACCGAUCCCUGCUCCAACUCUCCAAAAAGUACGGGCCCGUCAUGCUCCUCCACCUCGGCCGCGUCCCCGCCGUCGUAAUCUCAUCCGCCGAAGCCGCCAAAGACGUCUUAAAAACCAACGACCUCCACUGCUGCAGCCGGCCCACCUACGCCGGGUCCCGUCGGCUCACGUACAACUAUCUAGACGUGGCAUUUUCGCCCUACAGCGACUACUGGAGAGAGAUUAGAAAAAUAUGCGUGGUCGAGCUUUUCAGCGUGAAAAGGGUCCAGUCUUACCGGUCAAUCCGUGAAGAAGAAGUGGCUAAAAUGGUAAAAUCAAUCUCUGAUCACUCUUCAUCUUCUGUCGCUCCUGUCGACGUCAGCGAAAUGUUGUUCGCCCUAGUUGCAAGCAUAGUGUUUAGAGUAGGGUUUGGGACGAGCUUGCAGAGCAGCAAUUACAAGAGCGGUAAGGCUAUUCACAAGCUCCUUCACGACAUCGAAACCAUGCUAGGAGGCAUGUCGGGAGCCGAGUACUUUCCGGCAUGGAUCGGGUGGAUUAUCGACAGGGUUACCGGUGUGCAAAAGAAGUUUGAUCGGAUUACGAGAGAAUUGGAUGCGUUUUUCCAGCAGCUCGUUGAUGAUCAUUUGACGGCUGGGAGGAAACAAGAAGAACAUGAAGACAUAAUUGAUGCGUUGCUUAGAACAUUGAAGGAGCAAACUGGCCUGGUUGGAGCUGCACAACUUGGUCAUGCUAGCGUCAAGGCUGUCCUCUUGAACUUACUUUUAGGUGGAAUAGACACUGGUGCAAUUACAAUGUGGUGGGCAAUGGCAGAGCUAAUUAAGAACCCUAGAGUGAUGAAGAAAGCGCAACAAGAAGUCAGAAAUUGCAUUGGAAACAAAGGAUUAGUCAGUGAAAGUGAUAUGGAGCAGCUUGAGUACCUAAAGAUGAUAAUCAAAGAAACUCUAAGACUGCAUCCUCCAGCUCCAAUGAUUCUUCCAAGAGAAGCCAUGUCCCACUUCAAAAUCCGAGGCUAUGAUGUGGACCCCAGAACACUCAUCCUUGUGAAUGAAGGGGCAAUCGCACGAGACCCUAAGAUUUGGAACGACCCAGAAAAGUUUUUCCCAGAAAGGUUUGAUGGAAGCUCGGUUGAUUUUAAAGGACAACAUUAUGAAUAUUUGCCAUUUGGAGCUGGUCGGAGAAUGUGUCCAGGGAUAUACAUGGCGACAACGACACUAGAGUUUGGACUUGCAAAUCUUGUCUACUGGUUUGAUUGGAAAUUGCCUAAUGGGAUGAAGGCGGAAGAUUUGGACAUGGAAGAAUCAACUGACGCUUCUCUCACCGUAGCUAUGAAAAAUCCUCUCUUACUUGUACCCGAGAAAUUUUAUCAUAAUUAAGAGUCCUAAUAUCAUUAGGAUUUGAUAAGAAGAAUUUACGAUUAUGAUUUUUUUUGUCAAACGAUUAUGAUUGAAUUGAGUUAAA